AUGGGCCCCCCAGGCCCUCGUCUGUUUGAGACGUCCCAAAAGCCUCCCAGCACCCAGGCCAUGAAGGAGGAGGCCUUUCUCCGCCGCCGCUUCUCACUGUGUCCGCCUUCCUCCACCCCCCAGAAAGUCGACCCCCGGAAACUCAGCCGGAACCUGCUCUUCGGUGGAGAGAAUGAGCUCUACCCCCUCAGCCCAGGGAAGGACAUGGAGCCCAAUGGCCCAUCGCUGCCGAGGGAUGAAGGGCCCCCGACCCCAGGCUCUGCCACAAAGGGGCCACCGGUCUUCCUAAACGGCUUCUUGAAGUCACUUUCAGAGGUUGCACGUUUGUGGUCAGACGCUGGGGGUCCUGGCUCUGAGCCAUGCUUCUCAAGCGCAGAAUACAGGCUGUACAAUGGGUCCGACAAGGAAUGUGUGUCCCCAACAGCCAAGGUCACCAAGAAGGAAGCUCUCAAGGCACAGAAAGAGAACUACCGGCAGGAGAAGAAGCGAGCCACGAAGCAGCUGUUCAGCGCCCUGACGGACCCCAGCGUGGUCAUCAUGGCUGACAGCCUCAAGAUCCGGGGGACCCUGAAGAGCUGGACCAGACUGUGGUGCGUGCUGAAGCCGGGGGUGCUGCUCAUCUACAAGACGCCCAAGGUGGGCCAGUGGGUAGGCACAGUCCUACUGCACUGCUGUGAGCUCAUCGAGCGGCCCUCCAAGAAGGACGGCUUCUGCUUCAAGCUCUUCCACCCGCUGGACCAGUCCGUCUGGGCCGUGAAGGGCCCCAAGGGCGAGAGUGUGGGCUCCAUCACGCAGCCCCUCCCCAGUAGCUACCUGAUCUUCAGGGCUGCCUCUGAGUCGGAUGGCCGCUGCUGGCUGGACGCCCUGGAGCUGGCCCUGCGAUGCUCCAGCCUCCUGCGACUCAGCACAUGCAAGCAGGGCCGUGACGGGGAGCCCGGAUCCUCGCCAGACGCGUCGCCCCCCUCGCUCUGUGGGCUGCCCCCCUCGGCCGCCAUCCACGACCAGGACCUGUGCCCGCUGAACAGGUCCUCCCUGGAGAACGAUGCUUUCUCAGACAAGUCGGAGAGAGAGAACGCCGAGGAGUCGGAUAACGAGACUCACGACCACAGCAGGAAGACCAACGAGAGCGGGAGCGCCCAGUCAGAGACCCUGGAGGGCCCCGUGCCAAGGGGGACCACGUACGUGGAGCAGGUCCACGAGGAGUUUGGGGAGCUGGGCCAGGCGUCCCAGGUAGAGACCGUGUCGGAAGAGAACAAGAGUCUCAUAUGGGUCCUGCUGAGGCAGCUGCGGCCGGGCAUGGACCUGUCCCGCGUGGUGCUGCCCACGUUCGUCCUGGAGCCCCGCUCCUUCCUCGACAAGCUCUCUGACUACUACUAUCACGCCGACCUGCUGUCCAGGGCUGCUCUGGAGGGGGACGCCUACAGCCGCAUCAAGCUGGUACUGCAGUGGUAUCUGUCUGGUUUCUACAAGAAGCCCAAGGGAAUCAAGAAGCCCUACAACCCCAUCCUGGGGGAGACCUUCCGCUGCUGCUGGUUCCAUCCCCAGACCAACAGCCACACCUUCUACAUAGCGGAGCAGGUGUCCCACCACCCUCCCGUGUCCGCCUUCCACGUCAGCAACCGGAAGGACGGCUUCUGCAUUAGCGGCAGCAUCACGGCUAAGUCCCGGUUUUACGGGAACUCGCUGUCGGCUCUGCUGGACGGCAAGGCCACGCUCACCUUCCUGAACCUGGCAGAGGACUAUACCCUCACCAUGCCCUACGCCCACUGUAAAGGGAUCCUGUAUGGCGCCAUGACCAUGGAGCUGGGCGGGAGAGUGACCAUCGAGUGUGAGAAGACCAACUUCCAAGCUGAGCUGGAAUUCAAGCUCAAGCCUUUCUUUGGGGGCAGCACCAGCAUCAACCAGAUCUCGGGGAAGAUCACGUCAGGGGAGGAGGUCGUCGCGCGUCUCAGCGGGCACUGGGACCGAGAAGUGUUCCUCAAGGAGGAGGGCCGAGGAAGCGUGGAGCUCUUCUGGAACCCGAGCAGGGAGGUCCGGGGACAGAGGCUGAAGAGGCACACGGUGCUGUUGGAAGACCAGACAGAGCUGGAGUCGGAGAGGCUCUGGCAGCACGUCACCAGGGCCAUCGGCGAGGGCGACCAGCACAAGGCCACACAGGAGAAGUCUUCAUUGGAGGAGAUGCAGCGUCAGCGGAUCCGCGAGCGCCAGCAGAACCUCGUGCCCUGGAAACCACAGCUGUUCCGGCUGGACCCUGCCACCCAGGAGUGGCGCUACCAGCAUGAGGAUCGUAGCCCCUGGGACCCCCUGAAGGACAUCGCCCAGUUUGAGCAAGACGGGGUCUUGCACACAGUGCGGCGGGAGACCAUGGCCCACCAGACCACCUUCCUGGGCAGCCCGGGGCCCAGGCACCAGGUCAGCUCCCCCAGGGUCCCUGCCCGGGGUCAACUUCAGCAGUAG